UGUGUGUGUGUGUUUCCGGAGUGUUAUGGGUGGCAGAGUGAUAACAGGAAGUUCUGGUAAAAGUGAUAUUACAAAAUCAUUGACUCACUCCCUGGAGGACAAUUAAUACAUGAGUGACUGGACACAGACCAAAUGAUGUCUCAAGAAUCAGUUGAUAUUCGACAAAGUCUGCAUCACAGGGUGCUGAUAGCUGCAUUGAUUGUCUUUACCCAAGACCUGAGCAGCGGAGGAGGAGCACAGGCAUGGACCUACAACUACAGCAUCACUCCAAACCGGAGGUGGCUGCAGGCCAGCCAGUGGUGUCAGGAGCACUUCACAGACAUGGUGACCAUCCAGAGCCAGGAGGAGAUGGACUUCAUCAACAAACUGCUGCCGUAUAACGCAAAAUAUUACUGGAUAGGCGUCCACAGAGUGGAUGGAGUGUGGAUAAGGGUGGGGACCAAUGAGACUGUCCCAGAAGACGCCCAGAACUGGGCACCAGAGGAGCCGGAUAGCAUAGUGGGUCAGGACUGUGUGGAGAUUUAUUUUAAGAGGGAUAAAGACAUAGGUAUGUGGAACAAUGAGAAGUGCAGAACCAAGAAGGGAACUGUCUGCUACUCAGCCUCUUGUACACAGGAUUCCUGCAGUGCACAUGCAGAGUGUGUGGAGACUAUAGGGAACUAUACCUGCCAGUGCCAUCUUGGUUUCCAUGGCCCACGCUGUGAAGAGGUUGAACAGUGUCCAGCUCUGAACCACACCAACAGCAGUGGAGGUCGAAUGAACUGCAGCGACCCCAUCGCAUCUUAUAGCUACAACUCCACCUGUGAGGUCAGGUGUGACGAAGGCUAUGAGCUCAGUGGAGACGGCCACAUACGCUGUGACCACACCGGCCAGUGGACAGCCAGUGUCCCAGCAUGCACAGUAAAAAAGUGCGCCCCCAUUUUCUCUCCUGUCAUGGGCAACGUGACAUGCAUGGGCACUCUGGAGUCUUUCUCCUUCGGCUCGUGGUGUGACUUCACCUGCCAGGAAGGCUACUACCUCAGCGAAAACAGCACACUCACCUGUCUGGCGUCAGGACAGUGGAGUAAACCUACACCUACAUGUGCAGUGGUGCAGUGCAACCGCCUAGAGGCUCCACCUCAUGCCUCUAUGCAAUGUCAGGGCCCUUUGGGAGUGUACAGCUAUGACUCAAUAUGCACUGUGCAAUGUGAAGAAGGAUUUGAACUGAUCAGCACAAACAAGACAAAAUGUUCCUCACAGGGCCACUGGAGUCACGCCCUUCCUCUCUGCCAGGCUAAGAGGUGCAUUCCCCAAAAUAAGCCCUCUCACGGCUCCCUUUCCUGUUCCGACCCAAAUGGUUCCGACCGUUUUGGUUCUCGAUGCACGUCGACCUGUGACGAGGGAUUUCUCCUGAAUGGGACGUCCAGCACUGAGUGCACCUCUCUGGGCACAUGGAACGCAGACAUCCCACGUUGCCUAGCUAGAAGAUGUCCCACUUUGAACUCUCCAACCAAUGGCUCUUUAUCCUGCUCUCGUCCCCAUGGAGAAUUCAGGUUUGGGUCUCGGUGCACAUCAGCCUGUGAGGAGGGUUUUCUCCUGAAUGGGACGGCUGACACAGAGUGCACCUCUCUGGGCACAUGGAACGCAGACACCCCACUUUGCACAGCAAAGAGAUGUCCCGCUCUGAACCCUCCCUCUCAUGGCUCUUUAUCCUGCUCUCGUCCCCAUGGAGAAUUCAGGUUUGGGUCUCGGUGCACAUCAGCCUGUGAGGAGGGUUUUCUCCUGAAUGGGACGGCUGACACAGAGUGCACCUCUCUGGGCACAUGGACCGCAGACAUCCCACGUUGCCAGGCUAGAAGAUGUCCCACUUUGAACUCUCCAACCAAUGGCUCCUUAUUUUGCUCUCGUCCCCAUGGAGAGUUUAGCUUUGGGUCUCGGUGCACGUCGUCCUGUGAGGAGGGUUUUGUCCUGAAUGGGACGUCCAGUGCUGAGUGCACCUCUGUGGGCACAUGGAACGCAGACAUCCCACGUUGCCAGGCUAGAAGAUGUCCCACUCUAAACUCUCCAACCAAUGGCUCCUUAUCCUGCUCUCGUCCCCAUGGAGAAUUCAGGUUUGGGUCUCGGUGCACAUCAGCCUGUGAGGAGGGUUUUCUCCUGAAUGGGACGGCUGACACAGAGUGCACCUCUCUGGGCACAUGGAACGCAGACACCCCACUUUGCACAGCAAAGAGAUGUCCCGCUCUGAACCCUCCCUCUCAUGGCUCUUUAUCCUGCUCUCGUCCCCAUGGAGAAUUCAGGUUUGGGUCUCGGUGCACAUCAGCCUGUGAGGAGGGUUUUCUCCUGAAUGGGACGGCUGACACAGAGUGCACCUCUCUGGGCACAUGGAACGCAGACAUCCCACGUUGCCAGGCUAGAAGAUGUCCCACUUUGAACUCUCCAACCAAUGGCUCCUUAUCCUGCUCUCGUCCCCAUGGAGAGUUCAGCUUUGGGUCUCGGUGCACGUCGGCCUGUGAGGAGGGUUUUGUCCUGAAUGGGACGUCCAGUGCUGAGUGCACCUCUGUGGGCACAUGGAACGCAGACAUCCCACGUUGCCAGGCUAGAAGAUGUCCCACUUUGAACUCUCCAACCAAUGGCUCCUUAUCCUGCUCUCGUCCCCAUGGAGAAUUCAGGUUUGGGUCUCGGUGCACAUCAGCCUGUGAGGAGGGUUUUCUCCUGAAUGGGACGGCUGACACAGAGUGCACCUCUCUGGGCACAUGGAACGCAGACACCCCACUUUGCACAGCAAAGAGAUGUCCCGCUCUGAACCCUCCCUCUCAUGGCUCUUUAUCCUGCUCUAAACCUCAUGGAGAGUUCAGUUUUGGUUCUCGGUGCACGUCGUCCUGUGAUGAGGGUUUUCUCCUGAAUGGGACGUCCAGCUCUGAGUGCACCUCUCUGGGCACAUGGAGCACAGACCUCCCACAUUGCUUGGCACGUCCAUGCCCCCUAUUGGCCGAAGCUCCACAACAUGGGAGGAUGAACUGCAGCCAUCCAUACUCCACUUUCAGCUACGACUCCCACUGUGACUUUGGAUGUACUGAGGGUUUCUGGCUGAGAGGAACACCCACUGUGACGUGCAGUAGCUCAGGCCACUGGAGUCGGGAUCUACCCACCUGCGAGCUUGUACAGUGUGAGGCCAUCCGUGCCCUGUCUCUACCCCUGUCUGUGAACUGCUCCCACCCUCUGGGGAACUUCAGCUUUGGCUCCCAGUGUCUUUUCACCUGUAAAGACAGAUUCUCCCUGAAUGGCACUGAGGUGCUGCUCUGCUCGUCCACUGGGUUUUGGAGUGACGGUCUGCCAAACUGCACAGAAGAUCUGCCGGUGGGGGCGGCCAUGUUGAUGUUUACGGGCGUCGCUGCGACCUCUUUGCUCGUGCCACUCGCCCUGAUCGGACUGGCUAUGUUGAUUCUGACACGAUUCAAGAGAAGAGGAAACACAGCCAGGUCUGAUGCGCCAUUGUGGGAAGAAAGAGAGAAUCCAGCAUUUGAGUUUUGAUUUUUUUUGUAUUGAUGCUUUUGUAUUGAUAUGGAUGUCGAUUUGCUGACUCUCAUACAUAUACAUAUUAUUUUCUGCAUGUCAAUUUCAUAUUGUCUAAAUGAAUUUUAACUAUAUUUCCGUAGAGGCUUUGAAAUAAGCCCAACAGGUUUUCUGCUCCCGCUGCUCUGUGUAUUAUUAUUUGUAAUUUUGCAUUAUUUUUAAAUAAAAAAAUAAAAAAUAUUCUGCAACUUCUUGCAUGCUGUUUAACAUUAACUAUAACGUCUACCCAGAGAUGCUUCAAAAUUUAAAUAAAAAAGAAAUUACAACAUAUUUUGCAUUAAAAGCUUUGACCUCAUUCUUAGAAAGCUUAAAAUCAUACAUAGUCAAUAUUGCUUUGUUCCCUGCUUGUCCCUUAAACUGUAUUGUUACUUGAUUUGUCAAUAAAUUUUAAGCAUCACUCA